AUGGAUCACUUUGAUCAAACCACUACCACUAUGCACUACAAAUUUCAGUGCCAUCAAUCCUUUUGGACACAGUAUUGUGCAAUUAUCAACUUCAACCCAGCCCUCUUAAUGGAAAAAGUCCAUGAAACCCUAGAUGGCCGUUUGAUUCUUGCCAAGUUUACACUCAUUGAUAACUCCAUUCAACCCUUUUAUGUUUUAAAUUUAUAUGCCCCUGCGGAACACAGCUCUCGCAGCAAGACCAUGUUCUUCAGCAACAUGAUCUCUAUGAUACAUUCCUUACCUAAUUCGGCGGCCAUCCUGCCGUCCUUGAUUGUUGCCGGGGACUUCAACUACUCCUUCGACAGCAGUGGUUCACACUACACCGUCGAACAUCCUUGUACAUCUUUGAUCGAUUUCGCCCAACACAAUUUGCAUGAUUGUUUCAACGUCCCUGGAGAAUCCUUUUAUGAUUUCACCUUCACUAGAGGUACCUCGCGGUCUACGAUUGACUAUGUUUUUGCUGGCGUGAAUAUCUACCCUCACAUCAACGAUACCCAUGUGGAAUUUAUGGCGCGGUCAUGGACUGAUCAUGCCCUGCUCUCCUUCGCCUACACCGUUGGCUCAUUCACUGUCGGGAAAGGUACUUGGCGGGCGAAUCCCACUUUAGCUACCAAUCCUGUAUAUGUGACAAAAUUGAAUCAGGAACUUGACAGCUAUGUGCAACACAAACUGCUUGAUUCCAGUCCAGUUCAAGACCAAUGGGAUCAUAUCAAGCGAUUGGUGAAAAAGGUUACCCAAAACUUCUGUCUUUUCCGAGCUGCCAAACAACAAAAGCUAUUGCGCGAUCUUCAAAGUGACCGCAACCGUCUUUUACGGAAUCAUCGUAAUGAUUCAGUUGUCCUCCAAUCCCUCCUACCGGAUCUUGAUUCACAAAUUGCCAAAAUUCAAAAGACCAGGGCUAAGACAUAUCGCCUACGGGCGAGCAAACGAUGGCUGGAGCACAACGAGAAAUUGGCUGGCUAUCUUGCCUGUAUCGCCACUGUCCGUAAUUCGUCCAGGAACUUUCAGAUGAUCAUCCAUCCGGUGAGUGGUGUCCCGUGUGAGGACACCGAGUCUAAACUGGAUGCGAUCCACACCUUCUACACCGAUCUCUACACGAAGAAAGAUAUUGACAUGAAUUGCCUUGAGACGAUGCUCGGUUUUGUUCAACGCCAACUGGGCUCAGCAGAUGCCCAGUCCAUCAUUGCCGCAAUCACCAUGGACGACCUGUUGGAGGGUGCCCAACGGUGCCCUUCCAAGAGCAGCCCAGGCUUAGACGGCUUGCCUUAUGAGAUCUUGCACCUGAUCCUAUCCAAUCCUCACUGCCACUCUAUUGCACUGAAAGUUUACAACGAGGCCAUCACAUUGGCCCGAUUUCCGCUAUCCUGGCAACAAGCUUGCAUCGCCCUCAUUCCAAAGAAGGGUGACCUGGCUGACCUAGCCAACUGGCGGCCAAUCUCGUUGAUUAAUACCGAUUGUAAAGUGUUUACUCGCCUGCUGAAUGCCCGCAUUGUGCCUCUCGCAUCUUCACUGAUCACAGAGUACCAAGCCGGCUUCAUGCGUGAUAGGUUUAUUGGAGACCACGGCCUUACCAAUAAGCUCAUCUUGGAAGAUGCUCAGAAGACCACGGAUACUGGUCUGGAGUUUGUUGGUGUCAUGCUUGAUCAGACCAAGGCGUACGACCGCAUACAUCCCAGGUACUUGGCCAAGGUCCUGGAGAAGUUUGAGUUCCCUCCCGCCUUUGUUGCUUGUAUUCAAAACUUGUUUUUCAACAACCAAAUCUUUGUGAAUAUGAAUGGCUUCCUGUCUCCGGCCGUCUCUCAACAGCGAGGGCUGCGUCAGGGCGACUCAAUCUCUCCCAUGCUAUUUAAUUUUGCGAUUGAACCUUUCCUGCAGUCCAUUCUGGUUAAUCCUAAUAUCCGUGGGUAUUCACUUCAACAUGGCGAUACCGCACUUACCAAUGAUCUCCAUUACGUCUCACCUCAUCGCCCAGUCAAGCUCCUUGCUUACGCUGAUGAUGUGCUGCUCUACGUCCACUCCAUCGCUGAAUUUCACGUUUUACAGCAUUGCCUUGCCACUUACAACAAAGCUUCCAACUCGUUGAUCAAUUACAACAAAUCCGUUGCAUUCCCACUCUCAGGCCUGUCGCUUUCGUCUCCUCAGGGUGCCCAGCUCCAGGAAUUCAUUGUCCACAACCAACGAAUGCGUUGGUACGAUGCCUCUUCCACGGGCCAUCUCCCAUACUUAGGCUUCCCCAUCUGGUUUACCAUACGACAACGUGAAGCCUUUACCAGCAGCAUGCUCCAAAAGAUUGCGUCGGCCUUUGAGCCCCACCGUCAACGGAACUUAUCCAUGUAUGGCCGAGCCACCAUCGCCAACGUACUAGUUUUGACAAAAUUGUGGCAUAUCCUUCGCAUCACACCUCUACCUAAGGCAUUCUUUCAUCAAGUCCAGAGUCUGGUCCACCAGUUUUUGUAUGGCAAGAUGUUCCCCAGGAUGCGUAGCAGCAUCUUCUACCUCCCACGACACCGAGGCGACCUUGGUAUAUUAAAUGCCGCAGUUCAACAACAGGUCUUCCAGUUUAGAUACCUCAAGGCACUGCUCAACGACAACCUCUCGCGGGCCACCACCGUUCCUCCAUUCCUUGUCCAACUGCUUUCGGAUUCCUUGCAGGUGACCUAUGGGGCUCCUAAUGCUACCUUCCCGCUCCUUUUUCAAGGAUGGCGCCAACCAAGACACCCACAAAUUCUUUUCUCCUUCUUGCCGCUUUUAUUUCAGGCCAUGGAUGCCUGCUUCCCUUCUCGCGAUCACGCUUCCAUUUGGCCGCAAAUACCACCCGCUUCCGCCUGUCUUUCUCCCCCAUUCGUGAAAUACUCUAUUGCAACCCCAAUCAUCCGGAUCCCCCAUUCAAGUUUUCGAAACAUUUGUCCACAUUGA